CCCUGCCAACUACAUACAUCAUCGUAAUUCUGCCAGACUCAAGGGCUCAGUGCGCCGCCAGAGUCUGCUGCCCUUGCUGGUCUUCACCAUUUCUCUAUAGCUUCAACCUUCACACCGUGUCGGCAUGGCGGACGCAAGACUGAGCGACAGUGAGAUGGCUGCUCUGAAUGCAGCAGCUGUCACCCGAGAAUACCGCGUACAACCUCAUCUUGACUACCGCACUGUCUCUGCGAUCAACGGACCACUCGUAGUGCUGGAUAAUGUCAAGUUCCCCGCCUAUAACGAGAUCGUUACACUUACUCUCCCGGAUGGAUCGAGACGCGGUGGCCAAGUGCUGGAAGUGCAGGGAAACAAGGCAAUCGUGCAGGUGUUCGAGGGGACCUCGGGAGUAGACGUGAAGGCAACACACGUUGAGUUCACGGGAAGUAGUAUGAAGCUACCCGUGGCGGAGGACAUGUUGGGUCGGAUAUUCAACGGUUCAGGGAAACCGAUUGAUCAGGGUCCCAAAGUCUUUGCGGAAGACUACCUCGAUAUUAACGGUUCUCCCAUCAACCCAUUCUCUCGUAUAUACCCGGAGGAAAUGAUUCAGACAGGUAUUUCCACGAUUGACACCAUGAACUCCAUCGCCCGUGGUCAGAAGAUCCCUAUCUUCUCGGCCGCCGGUCUACCGCACAAUGAGAUUGCCGCUCAGAUCGUGCGGCAAGCAGGUCUAGUCAAGCGACCUACGAAGGACGUUCAUGACGGACACGAGGAGAACUUCUCGAUUGUCUUCGCUGCUAUGGGUGUUAACAUGGAGACGGCUCGGUUCUUCAAGCAGGAUUUCGAAGAAAACGGCAGUCUGGACCGCGUAACACUGUUCUUGAACUUGGCCAAUGAUCCCACGAUCGAGCGUAUCAUUACGCCUCGUCUCGCCCUCACAACUGCGGAGUACUACGCAUAUCAACUGGAGAAACACGUUUUGGUCAUCUUAACUGAUAUGUCCUCGUACGCAGACGCUUUGCGAGAAGUGUCCGCUGCGCGUGAAGAGGUACCUGGUCGUCGUGGUUAUCCUGGUUACAUGUACACGGAUUUGUCGACCAUCUAUGAACGUGCCGGGCGAGUAGAGGGUCGUAACGGCUCCAUCACCCAGAUUCCCAUUCUUACAAUGCCCAAUGAUGACAUAACUCACCCCAUCCCGGAUCUUACGGGUUAUAUCACGGAGGGCCAGAUAUUCGUCGAUCGUCAACUGCACAAUAGGCAGAUCUACCCGCCGAUCAACGUGUUGCCGUCUCUGUCUCGUCUCAUGAAGAGUGCCAUUGGCGAGAAGCUAACAAGAAAGGACCACGGAGACGUUUCCAACCAGCUUUAUGCCAAAUAUGCUAUUGGACGUGACGCCGCUGCCAUGAAAGCUGUGGUUGGUGAAGAAGCCCUGUCACCCGAAGACAAGUUGGCAUUGGAAUUCUUAGACAAAUUUGAGCGGCAGUUCGUCGGCCAAGGUCAAUACGAGGCAAGAACUAUCUUUGAAUCCUUGGACCUUGCAUGGUCGUUGUUGCGGAUCUUCCCGAAGGAGCAACUUAACCGUAUCAACCCCAAGAUCAUCGCAGAGUUCUACGCCCGGAAACCUACAAAGAAGGCGACCUCAGACGAGGGAGAGGAGACAAAGCAGGACGAGAAACUCGUUGAUGUUGCGUAGUUACGAUCCAGUUAUGAUAAUAAUACGGAUUCUACUUGUUCAUCACGCCUAUCAUACCAGCGAGAACGACGUAUCUGUGUUUCGAAAAAUUCCGGCUGCUGUCUGUAUGGCUGUUUGCA